GGGAGGCUGGGACCCCAAGGGGAAAGAGGAGGUUGCCACUGCAAGGGGCCUCCGCACUUUUCAGAGAACCCAUCUCACUCAUUUGUCCGUGGUGACAGGAGUCAAGAAAGAUGGAGAGCUGUGAAUGAACCCUUCAUUUAACAGUGAUUUAUGGAAAAUCUACUACGUGCCAGACGCAGAGAUCUUGGCAGACGAGGUCCUCGCACUCAUGGAACCCACGUUCUCACAAGACAGACACCCGGCAAACAGAUAAAGGAGAAACACCUCAGCCGGUGCCCAUUUCACAGGUGACGUGGCUGCUGCCCCGAGAGGGAGGUCGUGUGUGUCAGUCACCCAGAAACCCAACGGCAGGUUCAGGAUGCAACCCACGGCUACCGAGAUGCCAGCAGCACCUUCCCCCCCAGCCAUGACAACCAGAAACGUCUCCAGACAUCGCCGAGUGUCCCUCGGGGGACAGAGAUGCCCUCAAAUAUGGACACGGAGAGAGAAGCUCUGCAGAGCACUGCGUACCCCGAGGUCCAGGUCUUCUGCCAGAAGCAUGGCCUGAUGUUUGAGGUUGUUGACCUCAGGUGGGGUGUACGGAGCUCCGAGGCCACAGACCACCUCACCACAGAAAUCUGCUUGGAGGAGAUCGACCGGUGCCGGAAAACAUCCAUCGGGCCGUCUUUCAUGGCCCUCCUGGGCAACCAGUAUGGACCCUGCCCGGUCCCCCAGCUGAUCGGGGAGAAGGAGUGGGAGGCGCUGAGGGCCCAGCUGACAGCCAGGCCACGCGACCUGGAGCUGGUGGCCAGAAGCUUCCGGAAGGACGAGAAUGCUGUGCCCCCUGCCUAUGUGCUGCAGGGCCUGGGCAUUGGGGAGCCCCGGGGGCCCGAGGAGGCCAGCCUGACCUCUGCCCUGCGCGCCGGGGCCUGGAAAGCCCACAGGCUGGGGCUCAUCACCCCGGAGCAGUGGGGCCGCUACCACCGGUCAGUGGCUGUCACCUACCGUGAUGUCUCCAAGGUUCAUCCACGUGGCCACGUGUACGGGAACCGCGGACCUUUUUCACGGCUGUGUAAUAUCCCAUCACACCCCUCCCCCGCUUUUGCAGCCAUCGAGUGGGAGAUAGAGCAGGGCCUGCUGAGCGCGGCCGACGGGGACCAGGGAGCCACCGUCUUCCUACGGGAAAUCCAAGACCUGAACAAACACAUCCUGGAGGACUGCGCCCUAAAGAUGGUGGACCGGCUCGCCGACGGCUGCCUGGACACUGACGCCCAGAACUUCCUCGGCUGCCUCAAGGGACGCAUCGCCGACGCGCAGCCGGGGGCACUCAAGGUCCACCACCUGCCCUGGAGCCGCGACCUGGUGAACCCCCAAAACAAGUCUCACUCCAGGUACCUCAAGGAGCUGGGGGAGCAGCUGGUGACCAGAGCCAACCACCAGAUCCUGGAGCGUCUCCACGAGCUGGAGGCGGGCAGACAGGACCUGGCGUGGCUCUUCCACGACAUCCGCCACCACCUGGAGCAGACUGCGGAGGCUGUCCGCACCUUCUGCGGGCGCCAGGAGCUCCUGGCCCAGCUCGGGCAGCGGCUGAGGCAGGACGAGGCCGGCACCCACGCCCCCCUGGUGCUCUUCGGACCCCCAGGCGUGGGGAAGUCUGCUCUGAUGUGCAAGCUGGCCGAGCAGAUGCCCCGACUGCUGGGCUGCAAGACGGUGAUGGUUGUGCGGCUGCUGGGGACGUCUGAGAUGAGCUCCGAUGCCCGCAGCCUGCUCAAGAGCGUCUGCUUUCAGGUGUGCCUAGCCUACGGGCUGCCGCUGCCCCCCACGCAGGUCCUGCAAGCCCACAACAGAGUGGUCCAGUUUUUCCACCAGCUCCUACACACCGUGUCCCACCGAAACUUCGAGUCCCUCAUCAUCCUGCUGGACGCACUGGAUGACCUGGACUCCAUCCGCCGUGCCCGGAGGCUCCCGUGGCUGGCUCCCCGCUGCCCCUCGAGGGUCCACCUCAUCGUCUCGGCUUGCUCGGGGCCACGUGGGGCUCUGGACACCUUGCGUCAGAUGCUCAAGGACCCAGACGCUUUCUGGGAGGUGGGGCCCCUCUCCGGGAAUGAGGGGCAGGAGAUGAUCCAGCUUCUCCUGGCGGGCGCACGGAGGACACUGAGCCCGGUGCAGCGGGACCUGCUGUGGGCCAGCCUUCCGGAGUGUGGACACCCAGGGCACCUGAGGCUGGCCUUUGAGGAGGCCCGCAAAUGGGCCUCCUUCACCGUGCCCGCCCCCCUGGCCUCCACCUCUCAGGAAGCGACACACCAGCUCUGCGCCCGCCUGGAGCAGACGCACGGGCAGCUCUUGGUGGCCCACGUGCUGGGCUAUAUCGUGUCUUCCAGGUAUGGCCUCUCCGAGGCAGAGCUGAAAGACGUGCUGUCCUUGGAUGACGAGGUCCUGCAGGCCGUGUACCGGGACUGGACACCGCCAAGCAAGGAGCUGCUGCGGUUCCCGCCCCUGCUGUGGGUGAGGCUCCGGCGGGACCUGGGCUUCUGCUUGGCCAGGCGGCCCAUGGACGGCGCCACACUCCUGGCCCUCGCCCCCAGACAGCUGGCUGAGGUGGUCCGCGAGCGCUACCUGCCCGGGCCUGAGAGCGCCAAGCGGCACAGCCUCCUGGCCGACUUCUUCCUGGGGACGUGGGGCCAGGGCACCAAGAAGCUCAUCACCCUGCCCCUCCUGGGGAAACCCCUGAAUCUCGACCGCAAGGUGGCCCCUCAGCCCCUCUGGUUCUCAGACUCGGUCGCCAACCUGCGGAAGCUAAAGGAGAUGCCGUUCCACCUGCUCCAGGCCGGCCGCUUCGAGGAGCUGAAGCAGGAGGUGCUGGGCAACAUGAGCUGGAUUUCCUGCCGGGGCAUCUCUGGAGGUAUCGAGAGCCUUCUGGACGACUUCGAGCUGUGUGCCCCCCACGUGGACUCCCCCGAGCUCGGCCUGGUCCGCGAAGCCCUCCAGCUCUGCCGCCCCGCCAUGGAGCUCCGAGGACUGGAGCGCAUCACCCUCUACACAGAGCUCCUGGCCAGGCUGCUUUUCUUUGCCACCUCGCACCCGGCCUUGGUGGGGCAGCUGUGCCAACAGGCCCAGUGCUGGUUCCGGGUGUACCCACACCCUGUGCUGGUGCCCCUUGCAGGAUUCCUCCAGCCCCCCGGCGGACCCCUGCGGGCGACUCUCACCGGCUGUCACAGAGGCAUCACCGCCAUGGCAUGGAGCCUGGAAGAGGAGCUGCUGGUAGUGGGCACCCAGGAGGGCAUCGUGGCGGUGUGGGACAUGAAAGAGCACCAGGUGAUCCACCUCCUCACCGGACACACAGGAGAGGUGAGGUGCGUGAAAGUGUUCGCCGAAGGCACGCUGGCCGUCUCCUCCUCGAAGGACCACACCCUGCGGCUGUGGAACUUGCUCUCCGGCCAGGAGAAAGUCACCAUUUGGGAUGGAGGCUCCAAAGAUCCCCCCGAGCCCCAGUUCUGGAACCUCCACGUGGAUGAAAUGAGCAAGGUCGUGUAUUCGGCAUCUGGCACAAAGGUCAGCGCUUGGAAUCUGGACACGGCGGAGCUCAUUUUCCGCAUCCUGGGGGACGCCUCCCGCCCCUGGGUGGGCAUGGCUGUGCUUGCCCCCCCAGCCGGGCUGCUGCUGGUGUCCACGGAUGGGGUGGUCAGUCUGUGGAGCUCAGCCACGGGGGAGCUGCAGGGGAAGCACUGUUUGUCCAGCAUCAAAGAUGAAACCCCCACCUGCGGGGUCGCUGUCCAGAAACAAGGAAAGAUAGUGACCGGGUUCAGCAAUGGCUCCGUCUCUUUGGUUUCCUCUGACAGAGAUGCCCUGCUGGAGAAGCUUCCGGAAGCUGUGGGGAUCCUGGUGGUCUCUGAAGACGAGUCCCUUCUGGCUGCAGGCUUCGGAAGAUCCGUGCGGAUAUUCUUGGCUGACGCUCAGGGUUUCCACCGGUUCAUGGCCUCGGACCUGGAGCACGAGGACACGGUGGAGACGGCCGUGUUUGGUCCUGACAACAACCUGAUCGUCACAGGCUCCCGUGACACGCUCGUCCAGGUGUGGAGCCUGUCGGAGCAGGGGACCCUGCUGCACGUCCUGGAAGGGGUCGGGGUGCCCGGGAGCCUGCUGGCCCGGGGCGGGGCCUUGGUGGCGUCCGCUUCCCGGCAGUCGUCAUCCUUCAGAGUCUGGGAUCUCACAUCAGCUCGGGAGCCACAGACCCCCACCCCCUUUCCGGACCGCUCGGGCCUCACCGCGGUGUCGCACAACGGAAGCUACGUCUACUUCCCCAAAGUCGGGGACAAGAGCAAAGUCACCGUUUGGGACCUGGCGGAAGGCCAGGAGCAGGACACGCUGGACGCCUGCAGCGAGGUCAGGUGCCUGGAAGUGGCCGAGCAGGCCAAGCUGCUCUUCACUGGCCUCGCGUCGGGCAUCGUCCUCGUGUUUCCCCUGAACUCCCGGCAGGACGUACUCUGCAUCCCCCCGCCCGAGGCCCGCCGGGCCGUCAACUGCAUGUCCCUGAGCAAGGACGAAGGGCGCCUGGCCGUCGCCUACGACAACGCCAUCCUGGUGCUGGACGUCGGGCCCGGGGACUCGGGCCCCACCAUCGACGGGCCGACGUACACCUUCUAUACGCAGCUGCCCGAGACCGUCUGCAGCGUGGCCGUGCUGGCCGACUACCGCGUGGUCUACGGCAUGACCAACGGCGACCUCUUCCUCUACGAGUGUGCCAAGUCCAAGGUGUUCCCUCUGGAGGCCCACGGGAGCCGUGUCACCUGUGUGGAGGUGAGCCACCAGGAGCAGCUGGCGGUGAGCGUGUCCGAGGAAGCCCUGGUAUGCCUCUGGGACCUGCAGGUGUGCAAGUGGAAGUUCGAGUUGAGCUACACGAGUUCUUACUGCAGAGGUGUUCAGUGCACCUGCUUCUCCAAAGACGACAAAUACGUGUACGCGGGCUUGAAGGAUUGCUCCAUCAUCGUCUGGAGUGUGUUGGACGGCACCCUGCUGGCUGUCCAGUUUGUCCACACCGUGGUGAAUAGAAUCAUCCCAACCUCAAAUGGCUUCAUCGCACCCACCAGACAUGGCUAUCUCAUCCGUGAGCGCUUCCAGUGCCCUUCCUCAAGAACCUCACAGCAGGACCCACUCAAAAACUUCAAGAAGGCAGUGUGGAUGGUCAAAUGCAGGCAGAGAGAAGAGCUGGCCGCAGCGGCACCCCAAGACUCGAGGUCAGAGAGUGCCCUUGGGAAUGAAUCCAAACCAAACAAGCGCUCACAAGUCUGUCUGAUAGUGUAGAAGUCUCCCCCCACCACCACCACCAUGGGGUAGGGGCUUUUAUGGGUUGGUUCAUCCAAUCUGGCCGAAGCAACGAGAAUAUAUUUGCUGAUGUAAAUCUGGAGCCAGGGUCUUGGAUUAUGUCACCCAGACCCCAUCACUCUCCAUCUUUCUGUUUUUCUUUCUUCCUUGUUGGCUCCAUUCUCAGACCUGCCACUUGCUGGGAUUGUAACAUGGUGGCCAACAUGAUGCUGGCUCCAAGUUCAGUGGAAAAGAAAGUCUUUCAGGUGCCAAGUGGCAUCACACCCACCCAGAACCAACCAUGGCCUCGGGGAGAUUGCAGCACUUAGACUGGCCAGCUGAACCCAAGGCCCACCACUGAGGUGAGGUUGGAGCCAACACUUCCCCAACUUUGUAGAUUGGGAAGAAGGGGACUGUGUCCCAGAUGAAGGGGGAUGGAUGUGAGGCAAACCAAGCCACAGAUGUGGACCACUGAGCUUUACAUAUGGUAAAGCACCAGGUGCUGUUGCUUGAGCCUCAUCACAGCCUGUAUGUUGGGGGGCAGGCAGGAGACUCUGCCCCCUUCUUAAAGAUGAAGAAACCAAGCCUUGAAGAAUAGCUGUGACUUGCUCAAGACCACAAGCUCAGUGUAAAAGAACUCUGAGAAAAGAAAUUCAGGAGCCUUCUGCCCCAAAACUUGUCAGAGCCCCUUGCUCCAGUUUUAGUUUCAGAAGCACUAUCGAUUCCAUGGGUGGCAGAAUCAAACGGCUGCAGUGGCCAGCAAAUAGGCUGGUGAUCGCCAUGGACGUGGUAUGAGCAGCUGGGAAGGGUGAAGCCUGUGGGAACGUGAAGGUACAAACCCCCUCUUGGGUGAGCUGGGCAGUCUGCCUCCAGCCCAGGAUGAUGGUGAGGAAAACAGCCAGAUCUCUCCGUUGUCUUAAGUGAAGCCACAACUCUAGAUUUUUUUUUAUAUAUGAAAUGUUCCCAUCUUAAAAAGUUGGCAAUUGGCUCAGAUUUAUAUCUCCAAACACAUUGGACAUCUGUGUCUCUACUUCAUGAAACAUCCUCAUGACCCAAGCUGGAAUUAAAACAACCGAAAUGUCCUUCCACUCCUGCUCCCCAGCUCCCAAACCUUUACGAUAAUGAUGCUUUUCUUUUCUGGGGGGAGGCUCUUGGAAGCAGAUGGAAAAAGCCUCUGCCAUCCCUGUGCCUUGCUUUUGGAGCAUCUGCCUUGUGCAUAUUCAACUGUGGAACAUUUUCCAUUCCAUUUAGAUGUUUCUUCUUUGCCCACAGCCUUUCUUGCUUUCCACUUGCUUCUGGGGGCUUUUUCUCUAACAAUAAUAGACAGUCCAACCUUCAAGAUGCCAUUCUCUUUCCCCCAUUAUCCCCUUUGGAUUCCAGAUCGAGUCUCAGAAAAAGCAACCUUAGAACAGAGCUUUUUGAGCCAGGAGGUACCCUACUGAUUGUCUUGUUCAGCCAUUUCCCAAACAUUAGUUCUGCCAAAUGUUAGCUUCUAAUUCCAUUUUUAAAAACACAUAUUUUUAAAUUCUAGCUUAGUGCAGGCUCAGGUGCAUUGAGCGGCAGGUUUUCAAGUGCAGGAGAUGACAAACUUGUUUUUCUGUGAUUCUUCUGCCAUCUCUAUUUAACUAAAGAACCCACUUAGAUCAAAGGGGAACCUUUGAAAGAAUUGCCACAGAGGAUGCUGUGAGCGAGUGGGAUUCCAUUGACAACUUCUGGUCUAAAACUUGUGAGUUCAUCACAACAACCUCAGUGCGAAUCCAUUUUGCUUUGUAGGUAAACACUCAUCUGAAUGCAGGAAAUAAAUUUUUACUAAUAAAAGGCUGCUCCAGAUGUGUUGCUCCUACUGAGGUUUUUGCAGUGAGUUUUCAUUUGAAAAGGGCUUCGGCUCCUGCGAACGUUUGAAAAUCAUGGGGUGUCUCACAGGAAAUCUCCCAGCUGUGGCCAAGCAUCUCCCUCCCCACUUUGCUCUCUUAUGGCUAAAGGUGGUGACCCACUUUCUGGGGGCACGUGCCCCAGUGACUCCAGGGCCACCGAGAGAAGUAAACCAGACUCUCCAAAGUCAGCCAAAAAUACAGCUCCCCACCCACCCAGUUGCAACAGCAAUUAAUUUAUGUUAAAUUCUAGAGACUUCUGAUUUAUUUUGUCUCAAUUUCAUCCUGAAUGAAAAUGUCCAAACCUACGGCAAAGUUGACAUAUUGGGACAGUGAACGCUCUCUGACCCGCCACCGAGAUUAGACUGUUGCCCUUUUGCUGUCGAUUUUUUGCAAAACCAUUUCAGAGUGAGGGCUGGGGAUAGAAGGAAACAAGGAAGGAGGUGCCCAGCUCAGGCACAAAAUUCCCCAAUUCCCCCCAAACUCAGUGAUCAAGAUAAAUAACAUUGUAUUUUAAAAAAUCAAGAUGAAUGCAAAAAAAAAAAAGUUCACGAUGAACAAAAUAUCAUUUUAAGUCCAGUCCCUAUUUGCAUAACCUUGCCGUGCUUGCCUCACCCUAACUCCAGCCCUGGUGAGGUCACCCCUAAAUAAUUGAGGACACAUUUUUAGGACUGUCAUUGUCUUAUAAAACCACACAUGCUUAUGAAAACUAAUGCUCUGAAACAUCUUUUAGCUGUUUUAUUUCUAAUCAGGAUUCAAUCAAGAUUUGUUCACACAUUGCAUUAAGUUGUUUUGUCUCUUUAGUCUCACAUUCUCAAGCACAGGUCAGGGGUCAGAGGUCGGCAAACUACAGCCCGCAGACUGGCUGUCUGUUUUUGUAAAUAAAGUUUUAUUAGCACACAGCCACACCCAUUCAUUCCGUACAACCACGUCAGCGUGGAGUAGCGGUGGCAGAAAACGUACGUCCUCAAAGCUGAAAAUGUUUUCUUUCUGGCUUCUUACAGAAAUACAGGCCCCUGACCAUAAUCUUAAAGAUUGAGUAGAUUUCAGGUAAAUAUUUUUUUAACUCUUUAUUUUGAAAUAAUUUCAAACUUACAGGACAGUUGCAGAAAUAAUACAAACCCCAUACAGAGAACGCCAGCACACCUGCCAUCCAGAUACCCAGA